GGGAAUGUUGGAGUAUUUCUUGGACAAGGCAACGGAAGCUUUUCAGAACAAGAAACAUUUUCCACAGGAAAUGGUUCUUCUCCAGCGGGACUUGCUCUUAAUGAUUUGAACAAUGAUAAUAUUUUAGAUCUUGUAGUUACCUCUCAUGAAAAUGGUCUUCUACUUGUUUUUCUUGGAACUGGUAAUGGAACAUUCACAAAGACACUUGAACUAUCGACUGGUAGUAAUUCAGGUCCGUAUUUAAUCGUUAUUAAUGAUUUUAAUAAAGAUAAUCGACUUGAUAUUGCCGUUGGUAAUGGUGAUGGAAAUUAUGUCGGUAUUUUUCUUGGUGAUGGAACAGGAAAAUUUUCAGCACAGACAACAUACUCUAUUGAAUCUGGUCCAUAUGCACUCGUUGCUGCUGAUUUUAAUAGAGAUGGUUUAUUAGACAUUGUGACAGCUAAUUAUUAUGGAAAUAAUACAAGUAUACUUCUUGGAAAUAUUGACGGAGCUUUCAGACGAAAAAAAAGUUUUUCUACUGGUAGUGGAUCUUUACCUUAUGCAAUUGUUAAUGGUGAUUUUAAUGGCGAUAAUAUACAAGAUCUGAUCGUUUCUAAUUCUGGUACGGAUAAUGUAGGUAUCUUACUCGGAUAUGGUAAUGGAAAAUUUAGAAAACAAAAGACCUAUUCGACUGGUACUGGUUCUGGUCCAGUUGACGUAACGACUGGAGAUUUUAAUGGAGAUAAUCGACUGGAUUUUGUCUCUGCAAAUCAUAAUCAUAAUACAAUUGGCAUCUUUUUAAACACAUGUUCAUGA